UUUUUAAAUCGAAUAAUCGUACAUAAAUUCAUUAAACGGCAUUGUUUAUGUUUGGAGCUAGUUGUAAAUAUUUAUUAAAGUCAAUGAGGAAAUUCGUGGGUGUAAUUCGUAAACGCGCAACAUUACAAAUGUUUGUGGCUAUAGCCAUCUAUCGAUCCUCGGAAGUAUUCUCGGCCGUUCGAAACGUUCCGAAACAAUUUCAGACGUGACUUGAGCUUUUCGAAAACAAUAUAGAGAACGUAAAGUGAAAUGAUGAAAUGUAAACUGUAACGAGUACGGUGCGAUAAAGAGCGUAAAAAGGAAGAUAAAAGAAGAGAGAAAAGAGCCGUGACUGUUGCAGCAAUAAGCAAGAGGCAGAGCACAAGGGUUACGGUUAAUCGCAGCCUGGAGGGAGCAAGAGACCGGGUGACUGUGGACUGCAGGCUGUGGGCUGCGAGUAGCAGGCACGGGCCAGUCAGUCCACCAAACAAAACAUGGACGCCGUAGAAAUAAAUACAUCGGAUUCGUCACAAAACGAAGAAGGCAUCGUCUCCACGGUAGAAAUAUGCCGUGUUUGCCUUCUUGGUAAUUUAGUGAUGAGAGACUUGUUUCUGGAGAACGAGGUUGAUUCUCUUUCAGCAAAAGCGAUGAGUUUCGCCAAUGUUAAGAUGUUACCCGGGGAUGGUUUACCGUCCCGCGUCUGCUGCAUGUGCGCAGACAAGCUAGAAUCCGCGUACGAAUUUAAGUUACAAGUGGAACAAGCAGACACAGUUCUUAGAGAAAGAUUUGUCACUAUGAACAUAAAGGAGGAGCUGUUCUUCAAUGAAGUUGAAGUACAUCUAGAUGCUGGAGAACGAAACGAGGGUAUAGGGGAGAUACAUAUAGAUAAUCAUUAUCAGAACAACACGGGAAGCCUAGCACCCAUGAGCCAAGAAGAGAAAUCAUCUCUCUUAAAGGAUCAGUUGGCUCUGUUACAAGUGGAAAAGCUGACUGAAAAUGAACAGGCUAUGAGAGAACAGAACAAUGGUCAAGCAAUGGAAGAAGUAAUUGAUCAAACAAUUACAACAGAACAAACGUCAGAGGAUUGUCUGAAUCACGAGGAGGAGGCUGUAAAAGCGAUCGCGGAGGCCGCCAAAGGAGACGAUGAAAUGUUGAAGCACCAAAGUAGGGAUAAUAAUUACAUCGAGAGGAUUCCACCCAUGGAACACGAUUAUAUACUGCAACAAGAAUGUAUAUUGUCCAAUGAUGGUCAACAGGAGCAGCAAGAGCAACAACAGCAACAGCAGCAGCAGCUUAACGAUUCCGAGGAAUCGUUUCCCCGCGAGGAUUGCGCGGAAUAUGUAAAUUUAUUGGUAAAGGCGGCCGAUGUGACGAGUCAGGAAGAUGAAGACGAAGAGGAACAAGAAGAGCCGGACGAUGCAAAAAUGGAUAUUAAAAUAGAAGAACAUUCUAUCUGUCAGAACGAAACAAGAAGAAGUAAACGUAAAUUGGCUCGACGAAGCUUCGACGCGAAACAGAAUUCCGACGAAGAAAAUUAUUUUGAAAAUCUAAAUUUAAGCUCGAGAUUGAAAACCGUCGAGCCCUCUGAUAAAUCUGACAAAGUAUUCUUCCUCUGUUAUCUCUGCGACAAGGAGUUCCUGUCGAAGAGCGUUUUGAAGGAACAUAUGCACUCUCACGAGGAAGUUAGAAAAGCGUUGUCCUUAAAAAAACCAUCAGAAACACCUGAAAAGAGUGUAUGCAAUGUGGCGAAGUCGCCUCCAUCGGGUAAAAGAUCCAACAAAUGCCCUUACUGUGGCAAACAGUACAUCUACAUAAUUUCGUAUAGCAAACAUUUGAAGAAGCACGAACGAGAGAAGGAAGAGGGUAAGGAGGACCCGAUGCCGUUAGAAAUCUCGUUUCACGAGGACGAGCACAGUUUGGACCUCGAGGAUUACGAGGACGCGCAGCAUUCGAAUUCCGAGUGUCGGAAAAGAGCUAAGAGGAAAGACAGUUUCGCUAGAACGAAGACGAAGAAAAUAGAAGACGACGACGACGACGACGACGAUGAGGAUGAAGAGCAUGGACAAGACGAGGACGAAGACGAGGAAGGAGAGAACCGAGAGGAGAAAGGCAGUAAUUCGACCAGAGAAGAGGAACAAGAAAAUCAAAGCAUGGAAACUUUUCCGUUCGCUUGCGACAAAUGCUCGCAGAAAUUCCAUACGAAGCGUGGUCUACGAAAACACUCCGUUUCGCACGUUGUCCUUAAAUGCAGUAUCUGCGAGGAGGAGUUCGAUUCGAUGGAGAAGCUAAGGAACCAUCGUGCGAAGCAUGUCGUCGAAGGCGUGUUGAGCGAGCAGGAUUUCGAAGCCGAUACGACAGAAUACACCAUCGAAAAAGAGAGCGGAGAUUACGGAAUGGAGAGGAAAGAAAGCGGGGAAAGAAUCGAAGACGAAGAUGGUGGCGAAGCGGGGCGUGUUGAAUUAGAGAACGGGUCUGGGAAAAGCGACAGAAACACAGAGACACAGGGGCACGAGUAUAGUUGCAAGGCGUGCUGUCAGCGGUUCCCGAGGAAAGAUUUGUUGCUGAAGCACGUGGAACAGCAGCACGAACGCGUGAAAAGUUUCAAGUGUACCCAGUGUAACAAAACGUUCGGUAACGAGCUUACAUUGAGAAAUCAUCUCAUAGCAACCAAUCACAAAACUUUCAUUCAUGGACAAGAGUACGAUCCUAACAAGCGGAUCAAACGAGUCGCCGCGAGAGCGGCGCAGAAGAUCAUCGAUAAGAUUAAAACGGAGGACGGUUUGGAGGAUUACGACGAGGAGGACGAGGAGGACGAUAACAACCUCAGGGCGGAUCGCGUCGGUUCCAUGGACGGAAAUUAUGGUCGGGGUAAACGGGAUAAUUCCCAGAAGAAGCACAAUAACAAGAAGGAGCUGGAAUGUGUAAGUUGCAAUAAGAAAUGUUGCUCGAAACAGUCGUUGGCUAAACAUAUGGAGCAGCAUGUGAAGGAUGAACGAGUGGUUAAAUUGGAGAAGCAGAAACAACCGACAGAGAAGAAGGGACAGAGGAACUGUGCCAGCGACGAUGUCGAUGGGGAGAAGAAAGAUGACGAUUACGACUCGGAUUUCGAGAGCGGAUUGGACUGGCCGAUGGACAAUCACGAGUGUGCUAAAUGUAAGAAACGGUACAGUACGAAAAAGUCGUUGCUGCGGCAUCAGUUGUUGCACGAGGAGCCAAACUUCGAAUGCGACAUCUGCAAUGUUAAAUUCUACCGUAAGGAUAAACUGAAGGCUCACUACGACAAAUGCUCGGAGAAGAAUCCCGAUCAAGUAAGGAAGUGCAAUAUCUGCGGGGACAGUUUCGAGAACAAUGAAAUUCUAAGGGAGCAUAGAUCUAAGCACGUUACCGAAGGUAUCCUCACGGAGGAGGAUCUAAGAGACAUAGAACCGCGACCGGAGGAGAAAAAGCCGGGUGAGAAGAUCGGCCGGAAGAGAAGAACCGAUAUCGUCGGUCUGGAAUGCACGGAAUGUAACAAACAGUACACAUCGAGGAAAGGAUUGUUGCGUCACAUUCAAGUUCACGAGGGGAAGAAAUACCUCUGCGACAUAUGCCCGAAAAAGUUCUACAGAAGGGAACAUUUGAAGAUACACGUAGCCAAGCAUAACAUGAUCAAACCGUACAAAUGCACGCGUUGCACCAAGCGUUUCAUUAAAGAGGAACAAUUGACUAAUCAUUUGUCGAAGCACGAUCGAACGUUCAAGAAGAACAAAGAAACGGAUAGUUCGAAGAGAUUUCUUUGCGAGAUCUGUUCGAAAAGCUUCACCCAAUCGACCACGUUGAUCGCUCAUCUCAGAGCGCACAAUGGUAUAAAACCGUACGUUUGCGAGGUUUGUUCUCGACCGUUCACAACGAACGCCUACUUGAAGAUGCACAUGAGAACGCAUACGCAGGAACGGCCGUACAUUUGUCAGUACUGUUCGCGGGCAUUCGCCAGGGCUGAUACGCUUGCCAAUCAUUUGACCUCGCACACAGGCGAGGCGAAGUAUCAUUGCAAAUACUGUCCGAAGAAUUUCCGUCGUCUUAAGUCCUUGAAAGAGCAUGUUUUCAUUCACACCGGCCAGAGGCCUUACGCUUGUCCGACCUGUGAUCGACGUUUCAACAACAACGGCAGUCGCUAUGCUCACAGCAAAAGGUGUAAACAGAAUUUCGUUCAAAAUCAGAAUCGCGGUCAGGCGUUGACCACACAACCGCAGUCGAUUCAAACUCAACAAAAAGUGUUGCAACAAGCUACGCUUGGACAGUGUCAAGUAGUGAAGGCGCAGAAUAUUAAGACGAUCACUAUUACCAGGCAGUCCGAACCGAUCACUGCGCAACAAGUGAUGCAACACCAGGAGAUACUAAUGCCUUUGAUUCUUCCCCUUACAGUAACCCUCGCCGACGUUGGCGAGGAGGUUAUAUUACCAGAGGGAAGUAAAAUAUUUACUACAACUUAAAUCGACAUCAUCCUUCUUUCGUCGCAUUCAUAUGCUCUUCGCAUUUCGUUCAGAUUCCCUUACCUCGCUUCCUAUCGUUUCCAUCGAUACUUUGCUCCUAACCUAACUCGUUCAUUUAAUGAGAAAUUAAUAAUUUAUCCGUGCUAUGUAACUGGUACGAAGGAGGGAAGAAAGAAGCAACAAAUUUAGAGACGAUGUAACCGAAACGAUAGAGCGUUUGAUUUUGUAUUAUACGUUGUAUAUCUUUCUUAUAUUCUUCUAUAUUUAGUUACGAGAAAAAGUUACAAAGUUUAUGGGAGUUGGAUGAAGUUGAAUAGGAGUUGAUACUUCUUUCUUCGCGUGUCUGUUCGUUCUAACGAUUCUUCGGUAUUGACAUCAACGUUUGAUCAUUUUAUUUCGGCACUUGCCUUCAUUGUUACUUGUUUUCUAAUAGAUUGAACUCGACUUACGGACACGCGAAUGUAUGUAAAAUAUUUACAUACGUAGACUCGACGUGUAGACGCAUUUUCAUAUAUUUGAAAAAAAAAAAAAAAAAAAAA